AUGACUAAGCGGAGGCAGCUGCUCGACGUCAUGAGUGCGGAGAACGUGCUGGCGUUGGACGACGAGGACUCGGAGCUUGGAACUGGAGACGAGCUUGACAUUCACUCUGGUGCUGGGAUUGGCUUGCGCACGGUUUGCUGCACUAGGCAUGCCGCGAACAAAGUUGCAGCCUUGCUGCACGCUGCUCAGCUCGAGGUAGCAGAGGAAGACUUCGACUACUAUCGAAAGUCGGUCACCAGCAUCGUCAGCGACCAAGGCCGGCGCAGCAAGGAGAUGACCAGGGCAGAGUUCCAGAUCGGCGACGCUGCGAAUGUGGAUAGCAGCAAGUUGAAAGAUGCCUUCAACCGGAAGGGAGUGCCUGCAUCAUCUUCCAGCGACCGCAUGGCCAGUGCAAACGACACUGACGGAAUCUUUAUCGACGGCGUGCCGGCGAUUGCGAUCGCGGAGGCAGAGGCGGCGGAGGCGGCAGAGGCAGCUGGGCUGGGAUCUGCCUGGGGGAUAUGUUUGGGCGGGGCCCGGGCAUAUGUUGACGACAGAUUUGCCAGAUCCGAGUGUUCGACUGCCCGAGUGUGUCCGUUUUGUCCGUAG